AUGGUCAAAUCACGACAAUGGAUUCUGGCUAAGAAGCCCAAGGAUUUGCCCGAACUCGACGGUCCCAAUGCCACCUUCAAGCUUCAGGAAACGGAGCUGCCCGAUCUCAAGGAUGGCGAGGUGCUGGUCAAGACGACUUUCAUCUCCAAUGAUCCUGCGCAACGUGGGUGGAUCGCCGAAGAUGCCAACCCCGACCGUCUCUACGUGCCCCCAGUGAAAGAGGGCGAGGUCAUGCGCGCCCGCGCCCUCGCCGAAGUCGUCGAAUCCAAGUCGCCCGACUGGAAGAAAGGCGACGCAGUCCUCGGCGGCACCAACUGGUCCGAGUACGCGGUGCUGAAAGCCAAAGACCUCCAGGCCGCCAAGGACCUUCCCGGCAACCGGCCCAAGACGCACUAUCUCGGUGCGCUGGGGCUGACGGGGUUGACGGCCUACUUUGGCCUGACGGAGGUGGGCGAGCUGAAGCCUGAGCACACCGUGGUUGUUUCUGGCGCUGCGGGGGCGACGGGCAUGAUGGCCGUGCAGAUUGCGAAGAACAUUGUCGGGUGUAAGAAGGUGAUUGGGUUUGCGGGUAGCGAUGAGAAGUGCAAGUGGGUGGAGAGUCUGGGAGCGGACCUGUGCUUGAAUUACAAGAAGGACAGCUUCAAGAAAGACCUCGAAAAGGCCUUGCCGGCCCCGGAUGGAUAUGCGAAUGUCUACUUCGACAAUGUCGGCGGCGAGAUUCUCGACGUCAUGCUCACGCGCAUGGCCAAGUUUGGGCGGGUGAUUGCGUGCGGCGCCAUCUCGAGCUACAACUCCUCCGCGGGCACCAUGUACGGGGUGAAGAACUGGUUCGAAAUUAUCAUCAUGAGCCUCCGGAUCCAGGGGUUCAUUGUGCUGAGUUACGCCAGCAAGUACGGGCAAGCGCUGGAGACGCUGCAGAAAGCGCUGGCGGACGGCAAGCUGCAAAUCGACGAGGGCGAACAUGUUGUCAAGUCCAGUUUCGAGGAGGUCCCCAAGACGUGGAUGCAUCUGUUCAGCGGCGGCAAUACUGGAAAGCUGGUCACGGCCCUGCAGUAA